AUGAACUAUACCCUACACUUUCAUGUUCUGAUUAAGGAAAGAGGAUACACAAAUAUCGCUAGCAUGACGAGAAUCAACCUGAAAACCGACCCUGAGGCUGUCGCAUCGAUCGGCAGAACGAGAUCGGCUUGGCUUUCCCUCUUCGGUCAAUGCGGGCAACUCUAUCUCUCCCACUCUUUGUGA